UCGCGCGCGCGCCCUUCCCCCAAAGAACCGAAUCGUCCAGUUCGCGGUCUUUUUUCCUUUUGGGCGGCCAUCGGUGGAGAUAUCAUAGCACGGACGGUUACUCAUGGUUCUUACAGGGCUUUCAACCGAGGAGGUCCUUCAAAAAAUAUCAGAAGCAGGCAUAGAAGUGACCGACGUCGAAGCCCAGAGAUUCAGAGAUAAUGAUGUGGAUGGUGAAACAGUUGACUGUGGCCUCACAGAGACUAUGGUUGCAUACCUGUUUCAAGGAUCUUUUAAGAAGCAGGCCAAAUUCAACCAGUUUGUAUGCAAGCUGAAAGAGCCAGUAGUAACUCUGACAUUAGAGCCUGUUCCUCCAGAGGAAUGCCAGCAAUCUAGUUCAGCUAUACCAAGGAAUGGAACUAAUGUGAGACUGCCUGCUAGUUUUGACAUUCCAGCAUUCCCCAGACACCUACAAACGAAGCUGGACAACAAAGAACCAUGCCAGAGAAAUCCAAAGGAUAGACACAUAAUGAUCCGGGUUCUCUAUGAGGCUGUGGCACUAUACACAAUGUAUCCCACAACUUCAGAAUAUGUGCAAGUUGUAAAGAUACUGAUUGCGAAAUAUCCUUUCCUGAAGGAUCUCGAGGGAAAUGGUUAUCACACAUGGCACAUGUCUCUGAGGCGUAAAUUCAAGUGGGAGCGUGCACCUCUGGUUGACAACAGUGAAGUGAGAGGUAGUAAGGAGAAGUUUGGCCACAAAAAAUCAAAGCAACUUGUAGAAACAGUGAGGACCAGUCAAAGAAAUGUGUCCACGGCAUCAAGUGUUCUGGGUGAGGACCCAUCCUCCAUUGAGGCUCAUGUGAAUGUCUUGCAUAGCCAGUACCAGAAGAUGCAACCUGACUUCAGGAUUGUACGGAACCGAAUGCAGCAGACAUUUGCAUGGUGGCAAAAGGAGAUUGCUGAUGGCAUGACUGUAGAGGACACAGUUAAGAAGUACCCUUUCUUAAGGACACCCACCGGGUUGUUUAAUGAGUUGGAACGUAUCCAUCCAGCAACAGGGAACUUGUGUCAGCGAUUCAAUGAAGGCUUCAAAUGUAUUGUACUGAAGGUGCUUCACCUAGCUCAAAGGAAAUCCCCACUAUUCCAGUUUUACCUGGAGACAAAAGAAGAAGCUCUUACUGAGGAUCUUCCAGAUAUUGACUUUAGGGCAGCCCUCAUCUUUCUGCCUUACAUCUUCAAGGAGAACAUUGAUCACUUUAUUACACUUGGAGAGACUGAUCUUGACAGCCCGUACCCAACUAUUCAGUUGACCGACCAAGACUGGAAAAUGGCCUUUGCCAGGAGAGCUCCAAACAUUCUGAAAGUGGACCACAUCGAGGUGUGUCGCACCUCAGGAAUCGAUGAAGGAAUCAUCUCAGCGUUCUGCACAUACUUCGUGUUCAAUCUUUCAUAUCCAAGACAUCUGAAGAACACACUGAUGUUUCUCCAAAGGUACAUUGCCAAAAUAGUUGUGGAUGGUGACCAGCCUCUGCCAAUAACUGUCACUAGGCAAAUAAAUCUCCUCUACUGACCAUG